AGCUUCAUGUAAAGUUCCAGAAGCUCACCCAUCUGAUGCGCGAAGAGAGGCGCUGCAGAGCACAGACCCACGCCCUCUCAAACGUCAAAAUGCCUCACUUGAUGAUGUCUUUGUCUCAAUCCCUGCGGCGGUGGCUGAUGAGCAACCACGCCGGACAGCAUGAACGGCCUAAGCUGGAACUGCCAUGGCUUGGGGAGGCCGCGUGCAGUCAUGGAGCUCAAAGAUUUGGUGCAGAAACACUCCCCACAGUUCGUGUUCUUAAUGGAGACCAGAGCAAAAGAUAAGUUUCUAAAAAACCUUUGUCGUAAGUUAGACUUGAAAAAUCUUUUUAUUGUCCCUCGGAAUAACACUGGUGGAGGAUUAGCACUGUACUGGAAGGAAGGCCUCAAUCUGAAAGUACAGAGCUCAUCUCCAUCACAUAUUGAUGCUAUAGUAGACCCAGGAGUGGAUGACCCCUGGCGAAUUACCGGUUUCUACGGAGACCCGGUAACAGCCAACCGGGAACACUCUUGGGCGCUACUCAAGCAUCUCUGUCUUCAAAUGGAUUUACCUUGGCUGUGUGUAGGCGAUUUUAAUGAAAUAGUCAAGGCAGGGGAAAAAAUGGGUGGGGCAAUGCGGCGUGAGAGGCAGAUGGUGGAAUUUAGAGGAGCGUUAGAUUUCUGUGGUUUCAGGGAUUUGGGUUUUGUUGGAUCACCGUUUACAUGGUGCAACAACCAGUUUGAUGGGGUUGUUACAUGGAUCAGACUAGACAAGGGAGUGGCUACUGCAUCUUGGCUUCAAAAAUUUCCCACAGUGCGGGUUCAUCACAUUGCGGGUUCCCUAUCUGAUCACUGUCCAUUGUGGAUAUGUUCUGAUGAUGAGACUGUUCGUUUCUACAAGAGAGGUAGGCCGUUCCGAUUUGAAGUGAUGUGGAUGAAAGAUGACAGGUGUGAGGGGGUGAUCAAGGAUGCUUGGGAGGAACAACAUUGGGGCAAUCCUAUCAACAGACUAGUUACAAAGGUUGAAGCAUGCUGCACAAAAUUGAAAACUUGGAAUAGAACCUCCUUUGGCCAUAUCCGAAGCUUACUAGAGAAGAAAAGGAAGUUACUUGCUCAAGUUGAAGACUUAUCAAUGACAGGAAGAAAUCAGGAGCAACUAUGGACUCUCAAAGGGGAAGUGUAUGAGUUAAUGAUCAAGGAGGACGCAAUGUGGCACCAAAGGUCGAGGGUGGAGUGGCUUAAGGCUGGUGACCUCAACACUAGCUAUUUUCAUAGCCGUGCAACCCAACGAAAUCGGAGGAACUUCAUCUCUAAGCUGAAUGGGGAAGAUGGUCAGGUGGUUGAGGAUGAGUAGAAAAUUGGAGAGAUGAUGGCAUCUUAUUUUAGUGAACUAUUCACAACAGCAGCACCUUCUGACCUUGAUCCAAUCCUUCAAGGGAUUGAAAGGAAAGUCACGCCGCAAAUGAAUCAAGAGUUGACCAGAGAAUACACGGCAAGAGAGGUGGAGGUUACAUUGAAACAAAUGAAAUCCAUUUCAGCACCCGGUCCAGACGAAGGAUUACAUGCCCUUAUUAGGCAAGCAGCAGCCAAUGGUACCAUCUCUGGAGUUUCCUUAUGCCGUGAGGGUCCUAAGGUGACUCAUUUAUUUUUCGCGAACGAUAGCUUGCUGUUUUGUAAAGCAAAUAGCCAUGAAUGCAAUUCUAUACUGGAGUUAUUAGAGAAGUAUGAAAGAGCAUCGGGUCAAAGGAUCAAUCGGGAUAAAACUCAACUAUUUUUCAACUCCAAUACAAACCAGCAAGUCAGAAAUUCAAUUAAGGGCAGAUUGGGUGUUGCGGUCUCCCAUCAAUUUGAUAAGUACUUAGGACUACCAUCCUUUGUGGGCAGAGGGAAGAAGCAAAGUUUUAGCUACAUUCGUGAGAGGAUUUGGCAGAAAAUUCAAGGUUGGAAGGAGCAACUACUUUCACAAGCGGGUAGGGAAGUAUUGAUCAAAUCUAUUUUGCAAGCCAUGCCAACAUACUCCAUGAAUUGCUUUAAACUACCGAGAAGCU